AUGGCGUCUCCUUCCAAACCAAAAUCCAUAAAAGCAUCAGUGGCGGCCAGAGUUGAUGCAGCUUCAAGGUACUAUGCUAUUGUUCUAGUCGCCUUUAUGUUAUUGGGCUCUUCUUUGAAAGGAAAUUUUCUAACGAAUGAGUCUGUGCGAGGAAGCCAACUCUCGGAGAGACCUUGUGAUGAAAUAUAUGUUGUCGGAGAAGGCGAAACCCUCCACACCAUCAGUGACAAGUGCGACGACCCCUAUAUUGUAGAGCGAAACCCACAUAUCCAUGAUCCAGAUGAUGUUUUCCCAGGACUUUUCAUAAAGAUCACUCCUUCAAAGCCUAGGAAACUCUUAAGAUAG